AUGUACCAGCACUGUCAAUAUGUUCAUUUUUUACUUUAGGAAGCUGAUUUGUACAGACAACUUCCCAUGGAAUCUGAGAACCUUGCCCCAGUUCAGACUGCUGUGAACACACCUAACAUGACACAGGACAUGAGAUCUAUUACAAAUAAUGGGUCAGAUCCCUUCCUGAACAGUGGGCCAUACCAUUCCAGGGAGCAGAGCACAGACAGUGGCCUAGGCUUAGGAUGUUACAGCAUACCGACUACACCUGAAGACUUCCUCAGCAAUGUAGAUGAGAUGGACACAGGAGAUAAUGUAGCACAGACUCCCAUGAAUAUCAACUCCCAGCAGACCCGCUUUCCUGACUUCCUUGACUGUCUUCCAGGAACAAAUGUUGACCUUGGGACAUUAGAGUCCGAAGACCUGAUCCCCAUCCUUAGUGAUGUGGAAUCAGUCCUCAACAAAAAUGAACCUUUUCUCACCUGGUUGUAACUGAUAACCCGACAUUUCCUUUCCCUCUAGAAUUUAAGGCCAAGUGUCCUCAAGUCCCUCAGCUAACCAGCCUAAUCCUUUGCUGACUUUUCCAGCCCCUUUAUAAGUCAAUGAAUCUUGACUGGGAUUUCAUUGACAAUAACUUACGUUUGAAUUAUAUACAAAUACAGUAUACACACACACCCUAUUUUUAAGGAGUAAAAUUACUUAUAGAUAUAAAUGUAAGUUUUACCUAGACAUGUUUUGAGGACACAAAGGGGUUUUUUUGCACCAUGUCUGAACUUAAUGGUCAUCAGUUACACAGUUCAGUGUGUAAUUAAGGAAAAGAAAGAGAGAGUUUUGACUGUAAGAAGCUUUAGACUGCAGAAGUUAGCUUGGUUCUGAAAACCUAGCACACAGUCAAAUACAGCUCUAUGAUUAUAUUUAAUGGUCAUUGCACCAAAUGCUUGUUAUUUACAUGAGUUUUAAAAAUCAUUGUUUUAAAUAAACUCAUGCUGUAGGGGAUACAGCAUUUUUCUUUUUAAUUCCAAGUCAGCCACAGAGCAACUUUUUAAAAACUUGCAAAGCACAAACAGUACGAUUGGGACUUUUUCAGUUGCUAUGUGGUUUUUUAGUAAGCAGUACUUUCACUUUCAGUAAAAGUGAAAUGUUUUAGCUAUCGUUUUUUACACUACCACUGCAUUAUAAAAUCAGCCAGGUUGGUACUAAUUGCUGCCAUUUUUAAACUAUAUAGAAAACUACAAAUGCAAUUAUAUAUGUUACAUUCUUUUUUUAUUUCAUUUUAAAGAAGUACACUUUAUAUGUAGCUGUUUAAAAGACUAUUUUACAGUGAAUCAUAAAAACAAUAAACUUUUUGUUGUGUCACAUACAAACUGAACAAAUAUUUAGCAAAACACAAUUUCAAAAUUCUGGACAAAAUGUCACAUUAUUGAAUGCAGUAACAAUUUUGUAGAACCUCAUUAUCUUUUUUCUUUUUAGUUAUAAUACAUUUUGUUGAUCAGAUUUUACAAGCUAGAAAUAAAAGCUUCACUUUAUCAGUUAGGUGAAAGCCAACAUCUCUUUGUCAGUGUGGCAAAAGUGCUUAACUUCUUAGCAACUUCUUACUUCUGGCAUAUGGGAUAAAAGACUAUAGUUGGUAUACUCCUAGCUGUAUUCAUAUAAAGAUUAUUAAAUAGCUGAUAUUUGGGACUGAGAAUGCAUCAAGGACUGCAAGUGCUCACUUUCCCUGAAAUGCAAAUGACGUCCUGAAAUUCUUAAGUAUUUUAAAUUGUUUUUAUUUAUAAUCCAUGAACAUUAAGCUUUUUUAUAUUGAAAAAAAUCAUCUUUUUAUGAAAGGCAUUAUAGUUAAUAGAAGCCUCUUAAUCAGUGAUAUGCAGAGCAAAUAAAGAGGUGAAGCGCAUUGCUAAGCUUCAGGUGUAACAAUAAACACUUAUUACUGUAUUAUAGAACUGGGCAGUAGACUGGGUUAUAUGCCCCUUAUUUUCCAACUUAGUGAAGAAAAGGCAGAUGAAAUGAAUGUUAGAUUGAAGUCAAUAAGUUAGGUUGAAGAGUGGCUAUGGAGAGAAUGCAGAUAGCAGUGCGGGAGUAUUAAAAAGUCAAUUCCAGGGAUUACCCCAGUGGAUGAAUUAAAUAUCGGUGAACACUAUUUUGUGGGAGAAUUGUUGCUUGAAGGUGUUUGUUCAGAAUGCACCAGGCUAGUUUUCUUUUCACAACUUUUUAAUCCUGAGUGAUUUAAAAAAACAAAAGCAAAGUUCAAUAUUUGUGAAGUUCAAUAUUUGAUCCAGAAAAUAUUUUGUGUUUGUUUUAUAAGGGCAGGGGUGGGUAGGCAGACAUAAGUAAGUUGAUUAGUUUGUUUUAGCAGAUUCUUGCACCUACUAGAAAAUAUUUUCCAUCAAUGGGCAUUCUUUCCCUUUUAUUUUAAAGGACUUUUUUUUUCCUUUUGCUUGCUCACUUAACAUAUAGGAUUAAUCAUUAAGAGAGCAAGAGAUUUGUCUUUAAGCAAUGUUAUUGCAUGUUUCCACUAUUUACAGAUUAUCAGCCAUAAUAUGAAAACCAGACACUCCUAAGAUGUUUACUAUUUUAGCUAUGUGAACAAGUUUCUUCUUUCUUGAUUUUUUUCUUACCUGCUUAGAAAAAGAGGAAGUUAUUAAAGACAGAACCAGAUCUCACUUUAUUGCACAAUCAGUUUUUGUGCUCACUGACAAGCUGGAGAAACACUGCCAUAAAUCUCUUCACUUAGCAUCAGACCACUUGACAAUUUCUGGACUUUUGUAGAUUUACAGAUUUAUGACAUACAUAGUAAUAUUUGCUGUGGCAGACUUAGCUGGAGUAAAUCAUCAAUAGGCUUCAACAGAAGAUAGCUCACUUAUUCUAAAGAAGGAUCAGAUCAAAUACAUUUAUAUUUGAAUUAUCAGUUCCAACAUAUUUGUGCCCGAGAUUGUCUUCCAGCUUGUACAACCAAAAACAUCCACCAAAAGAACUCUUCCAAGUUGUGUAAGUGAUAUAAUUUAACCCCUUCUAAUUGUUUUUUGGGAAGUAAUCUGCAUGAAUUGGAAUUACUUCCAUUUAAAGUGGAAGUGGCUUAGAGAAGGAACCAAGCCUCACCCAGGCCCCAGCUGAGUCUAGGAGAGAGUUUAGAGCAGAAAGGAGAGUAUUGUCUUAGUCCAAUAUGACACCAAAGAUUGGCAAGGAAGCAAAGUUCAACCUUUAGAGCAGGGAUUUCAAACUUUUUCUGGCACCAGAACCAGUUAAUUAAAAAAAGUAGACUAAUCUUCAGAAUCACUAAUCAAGAGACACUAGUAAUAGAAAAUUGGCUUUAUUUUAGUGCUUCUGGGGGGGAGGGGUUGCCCAUAGUC